CUGUUGAUCCGCGGGGCGAUGGCGGCUUCUUCAAGUGGGGAGAAGGAGAAGGAGCGGUUCGGAGGCGUCUUGGGGAUGUCAGGCCUUGGCAGUACGCGAGAGCGGUUGCUGUCUGCGCUGGAAGAUCUGGAGGUCUUGUCGAGAGAACUUAUAGAAAUGCUGGCAAUUUCAAGAAAUCAGAAGCUGUUACAGCUGGAAGAGGAAAACCAGGUCUUGGAGUUGCUAAUUCACCGAGAUGGGGACUUUCAAGAACUAAUGAAAUUAGCGCUUAAUCAGGGGAAAGUCCAUCAUGAAAUGCAGGCUUUAGAAAAAGAAGUAGAGAAGCGAGACAGUGAUAUUCAGCAACUGCAGAAACAGCUAAAAGAAGCAGAGCAAAUACUGGCAACAGCUGUUUACCAGGCAAAGGAGAAACUCAAGUCAAUAGACAGAGCGAAAAAAGGUGCUAUUUCCUCUGAAGAAAUCAUAAAAUAUGCACACAGGAUUAGUGCAAGCAAUGCUGUCUGUGCACCACUAACCUGGGUUCCAGGAGACCCUCGGAGGCCAUAUCCAACUGAUCUAGAGAUGAGAAGUGGCUUGCUGGGCCAGAUGAGCAAUCCUUCCACCAGCGGUGUCAACGGCCAUCUCCCCGGGGAUGCCCUCGCCGCAGGUAGACUGCCAGAUGUCCUUGCUCCACAGUACCCAUGGCAGUCGAAUGACAUGUCUGUGAACAUGCUACCACCAAAUCACAGUAGUGACUUCCUGUUGGAGCCUCCUGGGCACAACAAGGAAAACGAGGAUGAUGUUGAGGUUAUGUCAACAGAUUCUUCAAGCAGUAGUAGUGACUCUGAUUGAAGAAGGCAGCGCGCAGACUCCAGUACUGCAGUUCUGUCAAGAGGAAUGCCAGCCACGGGCCCCUAAGGAGCCGCCCAGUAAAAACCAUAGUGGGUUCUCUUCCUAAAGCCCAACCCCCUGGGUUUCUGUCACCCGUUAGACAAAUGUUUGAGGGUUACUCAGAAUUGCUGUCGUGUUGGGUUUGUACACAGCAGUUCUGUACUGAAACUGGAGGAGAGUCACAUGCAACUCAUGGAGUUACUUAGAAACGGCACUGAGCCAGGCGCGGUGGCUCCUUCCUAUGGUUCCAGCACCAGGGAGGCUGUGAGUGUCAGGCCAGCCUGAGCCACAGAGUAGGCUCUCCCCUAUCAGGGCCACAGAGCAGCCCUGCCAGAACAAAGGCAUGGAGCUCCAAGUGUGUGAUAGUUCAGAGUGCAAGUGCUCACUUGAAACGAGUCAGCUGAUGUUUAUGUGGUAAAUACUGUAAUUUGUGUAAAUAAACUUGCUUUUGUUUGUAUUUUUUUAA